CUUCCACGAAAAUAUCCAACCACAUAGCCUGUCGGUAACCUGAUAUAGAUCACAUACAUGUCCAUCUCAGACAGCUCUAGGACUGCUUCACUCUCUCUAAGCAAGCAGUCAUCGACAGAAUGUGCGCUUUCCGUAUCGUCGAGAAAUCCCCAUGUACAUCAGUCAUAGGCAUGGCGUUGUUGGGCCGGGCGAGCAAGCCAGCAACGACGUUGCGUUGCCGUGCUGUUCCGCGGAUGAACACAGUCCUUCCUACGUCAUCCGCUCUCAUAUUUCACAUUGCUGGUCUACUUGCGGUGUAUUGCAGACGUGGCUCUGACUCCGUCAGCGACUCGGUCGGGUCUGCGUUUUCGUCUCGCAGCCCACACCCAACAGAUGAGCAUGCACGCCUGGUUCUGUCACGCAUGUGCAACGCGCUCUCCACGUCUUUUAUGUCGCGGGCUCUCGCAAACGACUUGCGCAUAACGAAUUUGGCAGCAAUAGCUCUCAGGUGAAGAGCUGGUGGAUGAAUGGCUCUCAACUACUUCUGUUUAACUAGGUGUGUUGCAGCUGUAUCAAGUACUUUCUCCUCUUGCCGGAGAAGGUUAAUUCUUCCAAAAUCAACAUCCACUCACUAUGCGAACAACACGGGAAGCACCUC